CACCAUUCCACGAUCGUCGUGUUUUUAGGGUUCUUGAUACUAUAGCUUUAGAUCGAUCUUUCUUUGCCCUGAUUCUUCCAGCAUUGCCCGUUAUCGAUCGUUUUGCUGUCGAUCCGGGCGUGUGCAGUGAUAUUCUGGCGCCUGGCGCGUGCAUCUGUGAGAGAUUUCGCAGGUGUGAGCGGAAAUUUCCAGAAAUUUCGUGCCGGCGGAGUGAUGUCGAGGAGGAAUGCAUCGAUUUGCGCGUGCCUGGGCGCGGUUCUGGUAGCUGCAUUGCUCGAAUCGGCGCUGGCGUUCGAUUACUCGGAUGCGCUGGGCAAGACGUUCUUGUAUUACGAGGCGCAGCGAUCCGGGAGGCUGCCGCCGAGCCAGCGGGCGUCUUGGCGGGGGGAUUCGGCGCUCGACGACGGCAAAUCCCAGGGCGUUGAUCUAGUCGGCGGCUACUACGACGCCGGCGACAAUGUCAAGUUUGGCCUCCCAAUGGCCUUCACGAUCACAAUGCUGUCUUGGAGCGCCAUCGAGUAUGGCAAGCAGAUCGAUGGCGCCGGGCAGAUGGGAUUCGCGAAAGAAGCCAUCAAAUGGGGCACCGAUUACUUCCUCAAAGCUCACACUGCGCCAUUCGAGCUGUGGGGCCAGGUGGGCGAUGGCCUGAACGACCAUGGUUGCUGGCAGCGGCCAGAAGACAUGACCACUUCGCGCCGUGCUUACAAGAUCGACACCAGCAACCCUGGAUCCGAUCUUGCGGGCGAAACGGCCGCAGCAAUGGCCGCGGCAUCUAUCGCGUUGCGUAGCUCUGACCCGGCUUACUCAGAUCUGCUCGUAGAACAUUCCAAACAGCUGUUUGAAUUCGCGGACAAGUAUCGCGGGAAGUACGACAGCAGCAUCCGCCUCGCGCAAAAUUUUUACACUUCCAAGAGUGGCUAUGCGGAUGAACUUCUGUGGGCGUCCCUGUGGCUUUACGAAGCGACUGGGGAUGAACAGUAUCUCGAUUACGCUGUCGAUAACGGCGGAGCGUUGGGGGGCACAAUCUGGGGGCUUAUGGAGUUCUCCUGGGACGUGAAGUAUCCAGGAGUUCAAGUUCUUGCAUCGAAGAUUCUCAUGCAAGGACGAGCUUCUCCACGACACAUUCCAACGCUGGAGCUGUUUCAAUCCAAGGCACAAUUCUUCCUUUGUGCUGCUCUUCAGAAAAAUAACGGCUUUCACCUGCCAAGAACGCCUGGCGGAUUGAUGUACGUGAGAUCUUGGAACAACAUGCAGUACGUUGUAACUGCAUCUUUCUUGUUAACUGUGUACUCUGACUACCUCGCGUCGUCACCCCAGCAACUGCAAUGCCCCAGGCAGAGCUCCGACUCCAGUGAGCUUCUAGCACUCGCAAAGUCCCAGGUGGACUACAUCCUGGGAGACAAUCCAAGAGCAACGAGCUACCUCAUCGGUUUCGGUCAGAACUAUCCCCGCCAGGUCCACCACCGGGCAUCGUCCAUCGUGUCCAUCAAAGUCGACAAUGCCUUUGUCAGCUGCCGGGGCGGCUACAGCAGCUGGUAUCUGCGCAAGAUGAGCGACCCAAACGUCCUCAUUGGCGCGCUCGUUGGCGGCCCCGACCUGUACGAUAACUUCGCCGACGAGAGAUACAACUUCGAGCAGACCGAGCCCGCGACGUAUAACACUGGGCCGCUUAUCGGCAUCCUGGCCAGAUUGCUACAAGACCACCGCUACCAGCAAUCCAAACUCCCAGAGCUCAAGGCCUCAAAGACGUCGUUGGUGGGAGCAGUAAGAACGGCUUUAAAGACGAUACCACGUGGCGUGAAAUCAGUGCUGUCCAUCCGGCAAAGGCUGGUGGGCUCGUGGACUUUGGAAGGCCAGGUCCAGUACAAGUACGAGGUGACAGUGAAGAACACAUCGAGGAGGCGGACAGUAAAAGCCAUCGUUCUCCAAAUCAAUCGGCUUCAAGAGGGCCAGUAUUGGGGAUUGACGCGUACAUCCAGUAGCAGCAGCAGCACUAGCAGGAGCACUAGCAGCACUAGCAGCAGCAGCAGCAGCGACGCGGGCGAGGGAUCAUUCACCUUCCCUCACUGGCGGAGCUCCUUGAAUCCGCUCGAGAGCUUCGUUUUCGUGUACAUAAAUGCGGCGAGCGGUGAGCGGGCCAAGAUCAGAGUCGCCAGUUACCGCACCACCGCACCUGGAAGCAGCGUGUAAAUUUUUGGGGAGCCACACACACUCGAGCUUUCUUCUUCUUCAAAGGGAGGAUGUAAGUUACCUAUCUCUCCUUCUCUCUCUUUCUUUCUUUAUUUCUUGCUUUGUUGGUGAGUGUAGUGUAGAGGUCUAGUGUAAAAAUUUGGGAGCCUGGAGAGAGUGAGAGCGUAAGGUAUCGUUUGAGCCUGUAGGAUUUGCACAGGAGAUCCUCGGUUUGGAUGGAUACCAUGCCACCUCUCUGUGUAGUGGAGGAUUCUUUUAAUUUAUUGCAAGUUUUGUGUUGUCUGCC